UCUACGGAUUAGGGUUUCUUUUCAUCAACCUCUCAUCUUAAGUGCCGCAGCAACUCAUUCUGUUUCUUCAGUUUGGUAUAACUUUAGCCGAGGUCACGAGGAGCACUAGCUAAGUUCACGAUUUCAAAAUGGCUAGGGGACUAAAGAAGCAUUUGAAAAGGCUCAAUGCUCCUAAGCAUUGGAUGCUUGACAAACUGGGUGGUGCAUUUGCGCCUAAACCCUCAUCUGGACCACACAAAUCGAGGGAGUGCCUCCCCCUCAUUCUUAUUCUGCGAAACCGGCUGAAGUAUGCUCUGACAUACCGUGAAGUCAUUGCUAUUCUGAUGCAGCGCCAUGUUCUUGUUGAUGGCAAAGUCAGGACUGACAAGACUUACCCUGCUGGUUUCAUGGAUGUUGUUUCAAUCCCAAAAACAAAUGAGAACUUCCGCCUGCUCUAUGACACUAAAGGCCGAUUCCGUCUUCAUUCCAUCAGGGAUGAUGAGGCAAAGUUCAAGCUCUGCAAGGUUAGGUCAGUACAGUUUGGCCAGAAAGGUAUCCCAUACCUGAACACCUAUGAUGGUCGCACCAUCCGUUACCCAGACCCUCUCAUCAGGGCCAAUGACACUGUUAAGCUGGAUCUGGAGGAAAACAAUAUUGUCGAUUUUAUCAAAUUUGAUGUUGGGAAUGUAGUUAUGGUAACAGGUGGAAGAAACAGGGGGCGUGUUGGAGUGAUCAAGAACAGGGAGAAGCAUAAGGGUAGCUUCGAGACAAUUCACGUGCAGGAUGCCACUGGGCAUGAAUUUGCUACUCGUAUGGGCAAUGUGUUCACUAUUGGCAAGGGGACAAAGCCAUGGAUAUCCCUGCCCAAGGGUAAGGGUAUUAAGCUAUCAAUCAUUGAAGAAGCUAGGAAAAGGAUUGCCGCCCAGCAAGCAACUACUGCUUAAAAAACCCCCCUUUUGGAUGAAUAGACUUGAGUGCUUGGUAGUUUUGUUCAAUGUUUUUGUUUUCUAAUUUCUUUUGUCUAAGAGUUUUUAAUCGUUGAAUUUUGACUCCUGCACUAUACAACUUUAUUGUGGCUGUGUUAUAUUCAUGGAGUAAUCUUUCUAUUCUCUA